UUCAACGCCGCUUGCGCGGGCCGCAUUUCAACAGUCCCGGCAUCCCUCUCCCCUCACGCAAUCUGCUCUAUGUCGAGGUGGCUCAAAUCCAAAACCCUCGCGGGCAUCGUAGGGCUCGGAUCACUCGGGUCCAUCGCAACGGCGUAUCACUACCCCUCCAUCGUAGAUUUUAUCACGAGCACGCUCGCCAACAAACAAGUCGACCCAGAGCUCGCUCACCAAUGGUUCAUCAGAGCCGCAGAGCUCAAUCUACUGCCCAACUAUCGCAGCGGCAUUUUCCGCGCGGAACGACGUCCAGAGCUGGAAACCUGCAUAUGGGGCAAGAAACUCGACUCCCCCGUCGGACUGGCAGCGGGCCUAGAUAAGGACGCGCGGGCCAUGACGUCGCUCCUAAACUUAGGCUUCGGAUUCGUCGAAGUGGGGAGCGUCACGCCCGAGCCGCAGGAAGGCAAUCCCAAAAAGCGCGUCUUUCGUCUCGUAGACGACCGAGCCGUUAUCAACCGAUACGGGUUCAAUUCAGACGGCCACGCCGCGGUCAAGAGGAGGCUUUCCGCGUGGCGCGUCGAGUUCCCAAAGCAGGGCGGUGCGCGGCAGCAUGACGUCAUGCUAGGCAUCAACUUGGGAAAAAACAAGACGUCAGAUGCCGAGCGCGACUAUGUACAGGGAAUUCGAGAACUCGGGGAAUUCGCCGACUAUUUGGUCGUCAAUGUCUCUAGUCCCAACACGCCAGGACUUCGAGACCUUCAAAGCGCGGAAGAUAUGAACAGGUUGCUCACAGCCAUCAAGAAUGCCAGAAAUGAAUCUCCUAAAACUCGCGAUUUGCCACUGCUGAUCAAAAUCGCUCCGGAUCUGUCGCAUCAGCAGCAAGCCGACAUUGCCAGAAUUGCUCUCGAACAUAACAUCGACGGACUCAUCGUCGCCAAUACCACUGUAUCCAGACCGGAAUCGCUCUCGAGCGCAGACAAGCACGAAUCAGGCGGCCUGUCCGGCGCACCCCUCAAGCAACUUUCCCUACGUGUCCUAGAAGAAAUGUACAAACUCACCGAUGGAAAAAUACCCUUGAUCGGCGUCGGCGGCAUCGAAAAUGGAGAAGACGCCUAUCAAAAAAUAAGAUCCGGCGCCUCACUCGUCCAACUUUACACGGCAAUGACCUUCAACGGAGCCGGACUGAUCAACCGAAUUAACCAAGAGCUCGCCCAAUGCGUCCGACGAGACGGAUACAAAAACAUCCAAGAAGCCGUAGGAUCCAAAUGGAAAUGA